AAUGAAAAGGCAAUGGUGACUGAAACAAUGACAAAACUGAGGAAUGAACUAAAGGCUUUGAAAGAAGAUGCUGCAACCUUCUCAUCCCUAAGAGCAAUGUUUGCAACAAGAUGUGAUGAAUAUGUCACACAGCUGGAUGAGAUGCAGAGACAGUUAGCAGCUGCAGAAGAUGAGAAGAAGACUCUAAACACUUUAUUGCGAAUGGCUAUCCAGCAAAAGCUCGCCCUGACACAGCGGCUAGAGGACUUAGAGUUUGACCAUGAGCAGUCCCGACGAAGCAAAGGCAAACUUGGGAAGAGCAAGAUCGGCAGCCCCUAAAGUAAGUGGGGAGGCGCCAGCCACUGUGCCUACCAUAGACACUUACCUCCUGCAUAGUCAGGGCCCACAGAUACCCACCAUUCGGGUCAGCAGUGGCACUCAGAGGAAAAGACAAUUUUCACCUUCCCUUUGUGAUCAGAGCCGUCCCAGGACUUCAGGGGCUUCCUACCUACAGAAUUUAUUAAGAGUUCCCCCUGAUCCCACCUCCACAGAAUCAUUUCUUCUGAAGGGUUCCCCUUCCAUGAGUGAACUCAUCCAAGGGCAUCGGCUCAGCAAGGAAAAAAGGUUAACCGUGGCUCCACCAGAUUGUCAGCAGCCUGCUGCCUCCGUACCGCCACAGUGCUCACAACUAACUGGGAGGCAAGACUACCCAGCUGUCAGUCUGAACAUUGCCCUCCCUGAGGAGCAGCCACAUUCCAGCUCACAGUGUGCUCCUCUCCAUUGUCUCACCAAGCCUCCUUACCUCUAGUCUUCAUCUCUCAUGGAUGAGUAUCUGGGCUGAAGGUUUUGCAGCCACACUGAGGACACUGCCUGAGAUCUAGCAGGUGUCAUCUUCUUGGAGAUUAGAUGUACAUAUGUAUUACAGUCCAUCAUUUUUGAAGAGGAGAGAGUACAGAAGAAUAGAAAAAAUGCAUUGAACCUGGUGUGAUCAAUUUAUGAGUCACAGAAGACCUGCAAUCAAAUGAUAACAGUUCACUUGAAAUUUAAAUGAAACAUGUAUCUCAGAUAUCUGGCUUUAUCUCCACAGCAUAAAAGAGAUCCAAGACAAUGUAAAAUAGAUACGUUAUAAAAUCAUCUUUCCCUGUACUUCAAAGUCAGCCAUAGAAAGUAAUUUCAAUAUUUUUCAUUGAUAUUUAUUUUGUAUUUUAUUUUAUAUAUGGUUUGUGUUUAUAAUUUCUGUAAGCAGAAUUCAUUUAUUUUUAAGUAAUCAUAGUUUGCUCAGUUUAAUUUAAUUUAAUAUUUGGAGCUGGCAAGAUUAUGGUCCUUGUUCUUGCAGAAAAUUACAAAUGAGGUGCAUCAGAAUGUUAAAAAUAACUGUUUUUGCUGCUACAUGGAUAUUCUUUAUGCAGUUAUUUUCUAAUUAGUAACUCAUUAACUGCUAGUUUUUAAAAGUAGAGUUCGUCACUGGGCAUUUAUUAAUUAAAUCUAAGAAAGAGGCAAAGAUAUGAUUCAUUGACUUAAUCAUGUUUUGAUGGUAUCUUUAAUUUCUUAAAAUUGCAAUUCAGUAGAUAUAUUGGUGCUGCUCCUGUGUGAUUGUGUGCAUGUGUGUAUGUGUGGUCUUGUUAAAGAAGGGCAAAUUACUUGAAGGAAAGCAAUGGUGUGCUUAUUUAAUGACCACAAAUUUUUUAAACUUUUUCCAAAUUUUGGGUCUUACUAUGUGUUUCCCACUAAAAGGGAUCACAAUAAAUGCAAAAAUAUACAUAUAUAGCAGUAAGGUAGCCUUGGCGUGUUAAUUUGUGCAGAAAGUGUAUGUUUUUGUCCUUUGUUUCUUUCGCAAUGAAUCUUUCUUGCCAAAAAAAAAAAAAAAAAUAGAUAAACCUUAGCUCAUUGUGUACUUUCAACAAACACUCAGGUGCCUACAGUCAUAUUAUAUUGAGAUAAUACAUAUUCUUAUUUAAUUUACAGAUUCUGCUAGGUAACUUUUAUGACUUUAUUUAAGGCAAUAUAGUUUCAUAGAAAAAUUUAGUUUUUGCAUUAUUGAGAAAACAAGGACAACAGCUAAUUGAGCUGUAAGGUCUAACUUGGAUUCCUCAGUUUUCAAGUGCUGCCCACAUAAUUGCGCCUAACCCUGACUCCUUGUCUUUGUCAGGUAGCCUUAACUUACAUAAAACCAUAAAGGUUUUAUUUUUUCAUGUAACAGUAUCUUUAAAUUCUCUUCCAAACAAAACUGGCCCUCACUGUUAGCAAAAAAAGAUGACUAGCACUGUAGG